AUGACCGGCGUCGGCGCGUUCAUCGGCGGCAAGUGGGAGCCGAACGCGGUCGUGACCGUGGAGAAGGGCGCGCACGUGCCGUUCCACCCGACGCUCGACGACGUCAGCGAUCAGACAAAGGCGGCGUUCAGCGCGGUCGCCGCCGCGCGCGUCGCCGCGAAGCUCGAGAAGAAGGCGAAACCGAUGGAGUUCCAGGCGAAGCUCGAGGCCGCGGCGCAGCUCGCGCUGGACGCGGAGGCGCACGAGGCGAGGGCGCGGCUGCGGAAGAAGAAGCGCGCGCGGGACAAGUCGCCGAGGCGAAGGAGGAGGAAGAAAAAGCGGAGGAGGGACGAUUCCUCGAGCGACGACGACUCGAGCGACAGCGACUCGUCGUCGUCGUCGUCGUCGUCCUCGAGCUCGUCCUCGAGCUCGUCGUCGGAGGAGAGGAGGAGACGGAAGAAGAAGAGGAAGAAGUCCAAGAAGUCCAAGAAGUCGCGGCGCUCGUCCUCGUCGUAG